AUGGCCAAGAAACCUCGUAACAUUACUAUUCAAGCCCCAAAGUCGAGUGAGCCUGCGAGUCCGACUUCAGCUUCACAAACUGACGAGACCGUAAUUGGAACCCCGACAUCUCCGCUGCCAUUUACAUCAGGACCAUGGGAUGAAGAAAAAGACGCAUCUAAAGACUUGAAUAAGCCCCUGCCAGGAUGGCCACUUGUGUCCAACUUGAUUGCGCAAUACCCAGAUCUCGAGGCGUUCAAAGCCUUCCGCGACCUUAACAUCAAAAGUCUGCUCUAUUAUCAAGCAGAGUUGGAGAACCUACGCAAGAAGCUACACCAGGCAGAAUAUAAUGAGCAUCGCCAGGGUGAGCAAGAGGGCAUAACGAAAGCUUCGAUGAUGGCUAUGAACUUGGACUACUAUCUUAUACAUGCUAGAAUGGAAGAAAGCAAGUGCAAAUCUAAGCAAGUGAAGAUUAUGAAGCAGAUCAGAGUCGUUUUGAAAGAAUAUAACGAUGCGUUAUUACAAUAUUCCCAAAUUACAGCGCUACCGAGGGCGGAUCCAUACAAUGUAGAGACUCUCAGGGUAUGGCUCAAGAGAGUAGGUAAAAACUGUAUAAGUGGGGAUGCAGCACGUAUAUGGGGUAAUUAUACAGAGAACAUAGGCGAGGCAAAGGCUUUGAGAUGGCAGUUCAUCGGUCUUAUGCGCAGUAUUUUUUGGCCACCAGCUUCUAAGCCUGACAAUCUCGAUCUUAUUGUACCUCGGCAAGGUCAUACGGUUGACGGUCUAACUACGUGGGUUGCUAAUGAGUUUGUACCGUUUUGGCACAGCGUAAAACAAGCAGUACGGCAAAAGAUGGUGAAGACUGCAUCUGAGGGAAACGGGCUGCCUACUACUGAGAACAAGAGCCAUGCAUUUUCAGAAAAAAUAGAAAGUUCAACAAGCUCCCGCUUUUGGUUUUAUCGCAGGAAAUCUAUCUUUAGCACAGCAGAAGGAGACCAAAAGUCAAAAGAUAGGACAGGGCUUACUGUUUACUCUGAAGCACGCAUGUUACGUUUCACCUCAGCUGUGGCCACGGUCAUUGCGUGCCUGUUACCCACCGUCGCCAUCGCAGUACUUUCAAGUCUUGAAUCUACGAGAGAGCUACUUGGAGUUAUCGCAGCAUUUACGGCAAUCUUUGCGAUGGGACUUAUGUUUUUGACUGAUGCCAGUACAUCGAGGGUUGAGAUAUUUACCGCGACCGCCGCCUUUUCCGCCGUCAUGGUAGUAUUUGUGCAAAAUCAAAAUGUCUAUAUUGGCGCGUCUCCAAACACUCCUGGAAAUCAAGUAACGAACGGGACAAAUUCAACGAGUUGA